CGCGGGACGAACUUACCUAAGUCUUUGAUAGUAGACACCUGUCAAAAAAAGAAGCAACACAAUGGCUCUGCCGCAGAUGAGCGAGGAUGAGGUCGACGACCUGAUCUAUCUUGCGCGGGCGGGCGAGAAGGACGAGCUGCAGACCUUCGUCUCGGCUCUCGCGGAGCGGGAGAAGGUGUCGGCGGCGGAGAUCAUCGUGGCCGCCAAGGACGGAGGGAAAUCCACCUGCUUGCAUAUGGCGACUGGGAACGGGCAUCUAGACAUUGUCAAACUGCUCCUCGAACAAUUCGCCUCCCGGCCAAAGGAGGAGAAACAGGCGUUCCUGGACGCGCCGAACGAGUACGGCAACACGGGCCUGCACUGGGCCGCGCUCGGCGGCCACCUGGAGACAGUGAAGCUGCUGAUGGGGGACGGCGCGUCGCCCGCCCUCGCCAACGACAAGAACUACGUGCCCCUGGACCUGGCCAGCUUCGGCGAGAAGUUCGACAUCGUGGACUACUUUCUGGAGCAGUCGGGCAUGAUCGAGGGCGGGAACGAGGAAGGGCUGGGUGAGGCGGCGGCGGAGGUUAGUUUGGAGGACGGGGAGGAGCAUGUUGCUGGGGAUGCUGAUGCUGCUGGGGAUGCUGACCGGAGUUGAGGCUGUGUGAGUGGAUGGCUGGAGAUGAUAGACUUAUGAAGUUAAUGGGCGCUUGGCGCACACCCUGUCCAUUCUACAAAUGAUCCGUUUUGGUGUGUGAUGUCCAUUCCCACGUGUAGGACAGUCCACACUGGCUCGAGUAUGUCGUCAGGGCGACUAAACAAGGCGCUUUCGUUUCUUUAGACGAGAUAAUAAUACG